AGGCGGCGGCGGCGACGAUCAAAGCCGUGCGGAGUAUCCGGGAGGGCGGUCGCGUUACGCUCGGUGCUUUCGUCGUCGCGCGAGUCUCUCGGAGUCGGUGUGUCGUAUAUACGUGUGCGCGCGCGGUCCGCGGCGGCCGGUCGAUGUGAAAAGGAGUAGCGAAACGGAGAAGGCGGGCACGAGCGAAGGAUGACGGCGCGGCGUGUGAUUUGACAAGUGGAGAAGGUAGCGUUCGAUGGGAAAAAGUUGUUGAAUGCCGUUCAACACCGCGGUGGUUGACGGACUAGUGGACUUUAAGGUAUCCGUCGCGCGCGCAACCCUGCGUGUGUGAACCCCUCCGAUAUCGGGAUUCCGAGCCGUGGAUCGAGGUUGGGAAUUAACGAGCGGAAGUGUAAGCGGAACGGGUCCGGUGAGGACGACGGCGGUGGCGGCGGUGCGGCGGCGGCGGUGGCGUGGUUGAAGAGGGUGUGAGACAACGAGGGGGUGAAUCGACGGUGAGCGACUGAGCGAAGGAUGACGGGCGAGGACGGAAAGCGCGGUGGCGGUGGCGGUGGCGGCGCCGACGACGUUACCACCGGGACGAAUAUGAACACGAACGUCACCGACAACGCCAACAACGUUAACGCCAAUGUUAACGCCAACAUAAACGUCAGCCAGCAGAACGGCGGACCGGAAAAGGCCCCCGUAGUCGGCGGUACUAACGUGGAGACUCUGCCACGCACCGGAAAACAGAGCGAUCCUAGUACUGCAUUUUUACGAGCAGCUCGUGCUGGGCAACUCGAGAAGGUCUUGGAAUACCUGGAGUCCGGAGUUGAUAUCAACGCUUCUAACGCCAAUGGCUUAAACGCUUUGCAUCUGGCAGCUAAGGAUGGCCACUUGGAGAUCGUGAGAGAACUCCUAAAUCGCGGCGCAAUUGUGGACGCCGCUACCAAAAAGGGAAACACGGCAUUGCACAUAGCUUCUCUUGCUGGACAAGAGGAGGUUGUACAAUUGCUGGUACAACGAGGUGCUUCUGUGAAUGCACAAUCGCAAAAUGGGUUCACGCCGCUGUACAUGGCUGCCCAGGAGAAUCAUGAUUCCGUGGUCAAGUACCUCCUCAGCAAGGGUGCGAAUCAAACGUUGGCCACCGAGGACGGUUUCACUCCAUUGGCGGUGGCUAUGCAACAGGGUCACGACAAGGUAGUGGCUGUUCUAUUAGAAAAUGACACCCGCGGUAAAGUUCGACUGCCUGCCCUACACAUCGCCGCAAAGAAAGACGACUGCAAGGCGGCUGCCCUACUUUUACAAAACGACCAUAAUCCCGAUGUAACAUCGAAAAGCGGUUUCACCCCGCUUCACAUAGCCGCACAUUAUGGCAACGAUCGAAUCGCUUCCUUGCUUUAUGACAGAGGCGCGGAUGUUAAUUUCGCGGCGAAGCACAAUAUCACACCAAUGCACGUGGCGGCGAAAUGGGGUAAGAUUAAAAUGGUUAAUCUCCUCAUGAGCAAAGGAGCAAACAUCGAAGCGAAAACGAGGGAUGGUCUAACUCCUCUCCACUGCGCGGCCAGGUCAGGCCACCACGAAGUAGUUGAUAUUCUCAUUGAGAAGGGGGCACCCAUUGGCUCAAAAACGAAGAAUGGUCUUGCCCCGUUACACAUGGCUUCUCAAGGGGAUCACGUUGACGCCGCGAGAAUUUUAUUGUACCACCGUGCACCCGUAGAUGAAGUGACGGUGGACUAUUUGACUGCGCUGCAUGUGGCUGCACACUGCGGCCACGUACGCGUAGCUAAACUACUUCUUGACAGAAACGCUGAUCCCAAUGCACGAGCGCUCAACGGAUUUACCCCUCUUCAUAUCGCAUGCAAGAAGAAUCGUAUAAAGGUCGUCGAACUCCUCCUGAAGCACAAAGCGAGCAUCGAAGCUACGACUGAGUCUGGAUUAACUCCACUGCACGUAGCAAGUUUUAUGGGAUGUAUGAAUAUCGUGAUUUACUUAUUGCAACACGAAGCCAGCCCCGAUAUACCGACAGUGAGAGGCGAAACGCCGUUACACUUAGCUGCCAGAGCGAACCAAACUGAUAUUAUUAGGAUACUUCUUAGAAACGGCGCCCAAGUCGACGCUAGAGCAAGAGAGGAACAGACACCGCUUCACGUUGCUUCCCGCUUGGGUAACGUCGACAUUGUGAUGUUACUGCUGCAGCAUGGUGCGGGAGUAGAUGCUACAACGAAGGAUUUGUAUACACCGCUUCAUAUCGCUGCUAAAGAAGGUCAAGAGGAGGUUGCAUCCGUUUUAUUAGAAAAUAACGCCUCUCUUACCGCAACGACCAAGAAAGGAUUUACUCCCUUGCAUUUAGCGGCCAAAUAUGGCAAUAUGAACGUAGCACGAUUGUUACUACAAAAGAAUGCGCCUGUUGACGCUCAAGGAAAGAACGGGGUAACGCCUCUUCAUGUAGCUUCUCAUUACGAUCAUCAAAACGUGGCUUUACUUUUACUCGAUAAAGGAGCUUCACCACAUGCGAUGGCUAAAAAUGGCCAUACACCAUUGCAUAUCGCUGCACGCAAAAAUCAGAUGGACAUUGCGACUACUUUACUAGAAUACGGAGCGAAAGCUAAUGCAGAAUCAAAGGCUGGUUUCACACCGUUACAUUUGAGCGCACAAGAAGGCCAUACUGAUAUGUCAACCCUUCUUAUCGAGCAUAAAGCAGACACGAAUCACAAAGCGAAGAAUGGCCUUACGCCUCUACAUUUAUGCGCACAAGAAGAUAAAGUAAACGUCGCUUCCAUUCUUGUGAAGAAUGGUGCUCAGAUCGACGCUAAAACUAAGGCUGGAUAUACGCCAUUGCACGUGGCGUCUCAUUUUGGUCAGGCAGCUAUGGUGCGAUUCCUUUUGAGAUCUGGUGCUGCCGUUGACAGCAGCACCAAUGCUGGCUAUACUCCUCUCCACCAAGCCGCGCAACAAGGACAUACGCUUGUUAUUAACCUGCUGUUGGAAAGUAAAGCUAAACCGAAUGCUGUAACUAAUAAUGGACAGACUGCUCUGGAUAUCGCACAAAAGCUCGGCUACAUAAGUGUCAUUGAAACGCUGAAAGUUGUCACAGAGACUAUUAUCACCACAACUCAUACCGUCACCAUUGAAGAGAAAUACAAAGUUCAGGCACCCGAAUCUAUGCAGGAGACAUUUAUGAGUGACAGCGAAGACGAGGGCGGUGGUGAUGAAAUCGGCACGGCAGCCAUGAAUGUGUACGGGCAGCCUCCGCACGCGCAACACGUGUAUCUUCCUUCUUACUACCAGGGCCAAAUGACCUAUACCCGUGAGGAUCCAAUGCUCAGCGACCAACAGCAGUACAGAUACAUGACUGUUGACGAUAUGAAGUCCAUGGGGGAUGACUCGAUGCGCGUGAACGUGACCGACGACGAGAGAGAUAAUCGACAUUCCGGAGCGCCAACCAUAACAGAGAUGAUUACGAAAGAACAUUAUCAACGUACAAACGCGGCCAAUCUUAAGCCAGACAAUGUAGACAUCAACAGGCAUCCUGUUCAUGUCGGCGAGUCCCUAGACUCCCUAUGCACCUCGCUGGCAGCGCUCAGUACCGCACCGAAGGGACAAGGAAUGUGGAGGGACAGCUUCCUGGUUUCCUUCUUGGUGGACGCGAGAGGCGGUGCGAUGCGCGGUUGCAGGCACAGUGGCGUCCGCGUGAUUGUUCCACCGCGUAAGGCCGCGAUGCCUAUGCGCGUCACGUGCAGAUACCUGAGGAGAGACAAAUUGACCAACCCGCCCCCCUUGAUGGAGGGAGAAGCGUUGGCCAGCCGCAUCCUCGAAUUGGGUCCUGUGGGUGCGAAAUUCCUGGGCCCCGUUAUCAUAGAGGUGCCACAUUUCGCGUCGCUGCGCGGAAAGGAACGGGAAAUAGUGAUUCUGCGAUCGGACAACGGAGAGACUUGGCGCGAGCACACCUUGGAAGCCAGCGAGGAGGCUGUCCAGGAUGUGCUUAACGAGAGCUUUGAGGGUGAAGAGCUAAGCCAGCUAGAGGAUCUCCAGACGUCUCGUAUCGUGAGGAUACUCACCGUAGAUUUCCCACAUUACUUCGCGGUAGUAUCUCGCAUCCGACAAGAGGUCCACGCGGUUGGUCCCGAGGGCGGCACCGUGUCGUCAUCCGCUGUACCACAAGUACAAGCUGUCUUCCCGCAAGCGGCCCUUACUAAGAAAAUCAGAGUCGGUCUGCAGGCACAUCCUAUACCGGCGGAUCUCGUGGCCAAGUUACUCGGAAACAGAGUAGCCGUGUCGCCGAUCGUUACCGUCGAGCCGAGACGAAGGAAGUUCCACAAGCCGAUAACUUUAACUAUUCCAGUACCACAGGCGGCCAAUAAAGGCAUGAUCAAUCAGUAUUCCGGAGACGCGCCGACUUUGAGACUCCUGUGCAGCAUAACUGGGGGUCAGACUCGGGCAGUCUGGGAGGACGUCACAGGCUCGACGCCGUUGACCUUUGUGAAAGAUUGCGUUUCCUUCACCACCACAGUUUCCGCCCGUUUCUGGUUAAUGGACUGCCGUAAUAUUUCCGAGGCCACGAAAAUGGCCACGGAACUCUACACGCACGCGACACAUGUGCCCUUCAUGGCUAAGUUCGUAGUUUUUGCGAAACGGGUGGAUCCAUUGGAAGCGAGACUACGUGUGUUCUGUAUGACGGACGACAAAGAGGACAAAACUUUAGAGCAUCAGGAACAUUUUACAGAAGUCGCAAAAAGUCGAGACGUCGAGGUUCUCGAAGGAAAAACGCAAUACAUGGAAUUUUCGGGAAAUCUCGUACCCGUUCUGAAAACCGGUGAACAGCUGCAACUACCGUUCAGAGCUUUCAAGGAAAAUAGGGUCCCAUUCACAGCGAGAAUAAAGGAUCCGGAUGCCGCGGAUAUGAUGGGUCGAAUCAUGUUUAUGAGCGAGCCUAAGGUUCCGAGAGGUGAACUACCACAAACGCCGAUCUGCACGCUAAACAUUUUGCUACCGGAGAAGAUUUCUCCGGAUACUGCGGUCUCCGAGCUCGAUUUAUUGGAAUUGUCGAAGAACUACAGUUUCCUACGCGAUGGUGGAAUAAGCAGACCAGAUGCUAUACACAGAGCGACCAUCCGUUUAACAGACAUCGCUAAUUUAUUGGAUAAAGAUUGGGAACCACUAGCGGAAGAGUUGAAUAUUCCACCCAACGAUGUGGCCCUAAUAAAACAAGAAUAUCCUGACAAACCCGCGCAACAGGCCGCUGCCAUGUUCAAAAUCUGGCAAAACAGUGGAAACAAAGCCACAGGAAACACGUUAGAAAAGGCUCUCAAUAAAAUCGGGCGAGAAGAUAUAGUGAACAAAUGUAUCUUCAACGUCGAGUUAGUGACUGACGACGUUGAAAAAGCUGUAGCGAGAGUCAGAUUGGAUCAGCCAGGAUUUGAUUCAUUGAAGGAGGAAUUGGGGCCGUCGAGAAACACGUCACUUCGCCGUGAUGCAACUAUGGAUCCUAAGAUGGACCCUGAUUACGAAGAGCCCGAUAGAAUGAAGGACUCUGAAUCAAUCGAGGAUCUUAGUAUCACUGGCGCACGCGAUAAACCCAAAGAGCACAUCACAAUCACAAACGGCACUGUAUUCAACGGAACCUCGACCCCCAUCAAAGACAAAUACGCGAGCGACGAGAAAGAGCUCGGCGACAUGAUGGCUGAUUACCUUGAGCACAAAUGCCACACGACCGACACGAUGAGCAAAAAGUCGCGUGACGAACUGGACGAUCCGGAGGCAAAACGCCAGAAAGCGAUCGCCGACGCCAACAAGAUAGUCUCUGGUGUAAUAGCAGACGCAGAGAAAGAGAAGGGGAAGUUAGCGAAGGAAGGGUGGUCGGUGGUUUAUGAUGAUGCGCGGGACAGUAAAGAGGCGCGGGGUGCGAUAGGUCAAACUGUAAUUAACGUUCACUUAGAUCAAACGGCUGCCGAGCCGAAAGGUUUUGUUCCCAAAUCAGAGCAAAUCCCUAGUAUCGAGCCGCCGAUGAUUAAGCAGCAUCGCGGUGGGACGCCGGAUCCCAAAGUUAGCACUUCGAAAACAGUAGUUUCCGUCAGUGGCGAUCCGAAAGUAGGUCAGACGAUAGUUACUAAAACUACGGUAAUAAAACAAACGCCGACUAAGACUGUGACCACGAAAGAAACGGUAAUCGUUUCUCCCGAUAAAAAAGACGUUGUUAGUGAGAAGGAGAAACUGUCUAAGGAAGGUAAGGAAGUCGACGAAAAGUUGGCUCAGGGCGCGGAUCUUACGCGAAAGACGAAGGUCGAAACUGUAAUCAGAACUGAUCAGACGAAACCAGAAGCAAAAACUCCUGCAGACAAGGAUAAAGAUAAAGACAAGGAGAAGGAGAAGGACAAAGAUGCGAAGACCAUGAAAACAUCAGGUUAUGAAGACAUUUACAACGUGCAGCAUUCGGCGGACAGUACGGAAGAAAAAUCAGAUGAAGAGACGAAGAAAACGAAGGACAAGAGUGGCGGAAUAUUUUCGGGAAUUUUUAAAGGUUCCAAAUUGAAAAGAGGCAAGAAAGGUUCGAAAGACACGUCCUUUGACAGUGGCGACGAGGAAUCGAAGGCUGUUCUAACGAAAGUCUCAGAACAGCAACCGGAACUUGCUUCUAGCGAAGUGACGGACUCGCAUUUCGACAGUAGACUACCGGAAAUCACAGCCUCCCCCAAUGUGAGAUUGACUACCGCGGAAUUUUUGGAGGAUUCUAGACGAGUCGCUGCGGGCAUGCAUGUACCUUACGAAAGUCUUGCUAAGCCAGCGGAGAAGGAAGACAAGAAAGCAGAGGCUGCUGAGAGCGACGAUGACGGCAAAGACAAAACAGGCUUCUUCUCGAGUCUGUUCAAAAGCAAGUCUAAAAAGGACGAAGAUGGGUCUGCCAUACCCGUUAUUCACGUCGAGAAACCUAAAGAGAGCGCAGAGCAAAUCGCGAAGAGAGAGAAAAAGAAGCUGGCAGCAAUCGCGAAAGAAAAGGAGGAUUUACUGGAACUACAAAUGAAGGAAAAGGAAAAAGAGGCUGAAGCAUCUAAAAUUGUCGAAGUGCCUAGUGCAAUCGAAAAAGAAGCGGAGAAGACUGUAAAGAUCGGCGCAAAAGCUGUCGAGGAUGCCGAAAGCAAAGCAGCUGAAAAAGUCGUUGCUUCAACGGAUGAGCAGGCACCUAGUAGGGAUGACGAAAAGGAAGAAGAUAAGGUAAAGGAAAAGGUCGGCUUCUUCGGGAUCUUCAGGAGUCCAAAGUUCAAGGACAAGAAGCUUGCCAAAUCGAAGGAAACAUCCUUUGACAGCGGCGAUGAGGAAAUCAAAGCCGUGACAGAAAAACUCUUGGAUGACACGCGGAAAGUUGCUGACACUAGCGCAUUACCGAUCGUGUACAAAAGCGACGGCACAAAAGUCACUCCCAAAGAAGAGGUGCGCACUUUCGUGUCGAGCACACUUUACGACGUCGAUACUCCCGCAGAUAAAAUCGGUAAAUCGUACGAUGUUGUUCAAACCACGACGAUGAUCAUCGAGAGAACUAUACACGAAGAAGUAAACGGAAAAACGGACGUUGACAAAGAAAAAACUCAGAAGGGCGAGAAAAAAGAUACCGAAAAACUUGCUGCAGAGGUAAAAUCCGACACGCCGGAACCGAAAGCUCCCGAGACGGAGAAAGAGACGAGCGAGGAUACUAAAGAAAAAAGUGGCUUUUUCGGUAUGUUCAAGAGCCCAAAACUCAGGAGCAAGAAGAGAAGCAGAUCCCGAGAGCAGAGUUCUUCAAAAGAGACUUCUUUCGAUAGCGGAGACGAGGAAGUUCGAUUGGCAACGGCGAAACUUCUGGAAGACACGAGACAGAUGGCAGAAAACCUGCAGGCUGGAGAAAAAGUAUCGGAGAGUGUUACAAAAACUCCGCCUAUAGACGAAGAAAUUAAAAAAUCUAUCAUUCCCGAGGAUGAAGCUGUCGGAAAAGAUAAGGGCGGCAUUUUCGGUAUAUUCAAAAGUCCCAAACAGCCGAGGAGCUCUAGAUCCAGGAGCAGGUCUAAAGAGAAGACGCCGUCGCUCGAACUGCCGGACAGUGGCCACGACGAUUUACGAGAAGCAACUGCAAAAUUCCUGGAGGAUUCACGGAAUACGGCGGCUAUCUUGGGUGAAGUGACGGGUCUCAAAGAUAAAGAUAAGGACGAUAAGUUGAUAAAAGAGGUAAAGAAAGUUGAACAGCAUAUCACAACUACAGCAGAAGAUGCUGAUAGAGCCAUCAAAGACGGUAAAGACGCGAUUGGCAAAAAGGUAGAGGAGAAAACACGCGACGUUGUCGACGGCGCUGAAGCUGCGAAAGAUAAAACAGCCAAGGAGGCAAAAAAGGCGAAAGAGAAAGGGUCAGGAUUUCUAUCGGGGAUAUUCAAAGGUGCGAAGCAUGCUGCGGAAGAAGUAUCUGAUGAUGUAAAAGAAUUCUUGGAUGAUACGAAGAAAGAAGCUGCCUUGGAGGAAGCGCGAGCUAAAGAAGCGGCAGUUGCUGAUUUGAAGAAUUUAGAACAGAAAAAAGAUGAUUUGGUAACAGGCGCGAAAGAUAUUACUGAUAAAACUGUUACCGACAUUAAAGACUCGAAAGAUAAGACGGUGUCCGCUGUAAAGGACAAGAAAGAAAAAGUUAUUGAAAAGAUUUCGAAAGAUGUGGAGAAGGUAGCGGAUCACGUAAAAACAGCUACCGACAAAGCUGUGACAGAUUCGAAGAAAGUAGGCGAGAAAAUAGAAACCACUGCGAAAGAUGCCACGCAAGCAGGUAAAGAAAUUAAAGAGGCAGUCACUACAGAGAUAAAGGAAGACGCAAAAACAGCGAAAGAAAAGCUAUCAUCCGGUGCUGAAUCAGCUGCGGAUACCAUAGCAUCUGCUAAAGAUAAAACCACCAAAGAGGCGAAGAAAGCUAAAGAGAAAGGAAGUGGUUUCUUCUCUGGCAUCUUCAAAGGUGCGAAACACGCCGUAGAAGAUGCGGCUGAAGAUGUUAAAGAAUUUAUGGAUGACACGAAGAAGGAAGCUGCGUUAGAAGAAGAACGUGCCAAAGAAAAGGCUGCUGCGGGUCUGAAAGAUUUGAAAGACAAGAAAGACACUGUCGUUAAUGAAGUCCAAGAAACUGUAGAUAAAGCUGUCGAUAAAGCAAAAGAUACAAAAGAUAAAACAGUCUCUGUAGUAAAAGACAAGAAAGAUGAAAUUGUCGAAGAAGUUUCCAAAGAUGUGCAGAAAGUUGCCGAUACCACGAAAGCAGCUGGUGAGAAAGUAACAGCAGAAACGAAAAAAGUCGGUGAAAAAGUAGAAGAAACCGCGGCAGAUGUUGCACAAGCUGCUAAAGAUACUAAAGAUGCAGCAGUUAAAGAGAUAAAGGAAGAUACAAAGUUAGUGAAAGAAAAAUUGGCAGCAGGCGCUGAUGCGAUCGCAGAAACUGCGGAUAGCACAAAAGAUAAAGCAACGAAAGAAGCGAAAAAGGCUAAAGAAAAAACAUCUGGUUUCUUCUCAGGCAUCUUUAAAGGUGCGAAACACGCUGCGGAAGAUGCGACAGACGACGUUAAAGAAUUUUUGGAUGAGACGAAGAAAGAAGCAGAAAUGGAAGAAAAACGUGUUAAAGAAAAAGCCGCUGCGGAAUUGAAAGACCUGAAAGAUAAAAAAGAUACUGUCGUUAGUGAAAUUCAAGAAACUGUAGAUAAAGCGAAAGAUGCGAAGGAUAAAACAGUCUCUGCAGUAAAAGACGAAAAGGAUAAAGUUGUCGAGAAGGUAUCAAAAGAUGCGCAAAAAAUUUCCGACACCACAAAAGCAGCCGGGGAGAAAGUAGCUGUAGAAACGAAAAAAGUUGGUGAAAAAAUAGGAGAAACCGCGGCAGACGUUGCUCAAGCAGCUAAGGAUACUAAAGAUGCAGCAGUUAAAGAGAUAAAGGAAGAUACAAAGUUAGUAAAAGAAAAAUUGGCAGAAGGCGCUGACGCAGUCGCAGAAACUGCAGAUAGCACAAAAGAUAAAGCAACAAAAGAAGCGAAAAAGGCUAAAGAAAAAACAACUGGUUUCUUCUCAGGCAUCUUCAAAGGUGCGAAACACGCUGUGGAAGAUGCGACAGACGACGUUAAAGAAUUUUUGGAUGAGACAAAGAAAGAAGCUGAAAUGGAAGAAGAACGUGUCAAAGAAAAAGCCGCAGCGGAACUGAAAGAUCUGAAAGAUAAGAAAGACACUGUCGUUAGUGAAGUUCAAGAAACUGUAGAUAAAACCGUUGAUAAAGCGAAAGAUGCAAGAGAUAAAACAGUUUCUACAGUAAAAGACAAAAAGGAUAAAGUUGUUGAGGAGGUAUCAAAAGAUGCGCAAAAAGUUGCCGACACCACGAAAGCAGCCGGUGAGAAAGUAGCAGCAGAAACGAAGAAGAUUGGAGAAAAAAUAGGAGAUACUGCGGCAGAUGUAGCACAAGCAGCUAAGGAUACUAAAGAUGCAGCGAUUAAAGAGAUAAAGGAAGAUACAAAAUUAGUUAAAGAAAAAAUGGCAGCAGGCGCUGACGCGGCCGCAGAAGCAACAGAUAGUGCAAAGGAUAAAGUGACGAAAGAAGCAAAGAAAGCUAAAGAUAAAACUGGUGGCUUCUUUUCUGGUAUCUUCAAAGGGGCGAAGCACGCCGUAGAAGAUGCGGCUGACGAUGUUAAAGAAUUUGUGGAUGAGACGAAGAAGGAAGCUGCGUUAGAAGAAGAACGUGCCAAAGAAAAGGCUGCUGCAGAUUUGAAAGAUCUGAAAGACAAAAAGGACGUUGUCGUUAGUGAAGUUCAAGAAGCUGUAGAUAAAGCGAAAGAUGCAAAAGAUAAAACAGUCUCUGCAGUAAAAGACAAAAAGGAUAAAGUUGUCGAGGAAAUCUCCAAAGAUGCGCAGAAAGUUGCCGAUACCACGAAAGCAGCCGGUGAGAAAGUAGCAGUAGAAACGAAGGAGACCGGCAAAAAGAUAGGAGAUACCGCAGCUGAUGUAGCGCAAGCAGCUAAGGAUACUAAGGAUGCAGCCGUUAAAGAGAUAAAGGAAGAUACGAAAUUAGUGAAAGAGAAAUUAGCAGCAGGAGCUGAUGCUGCUGCCGAAACUGUAGAUAGUACAAAAGAUAAAGCGACGAAACAAGCAAAGAAAGCUAAGGAAAAAGCAACUGGUUUCUUUUCCGGCAUUUUCAAAGGUGCGAAACACUCUGUAGAUGAUGCAUCUAGCGACGUCAAGGAAUUUUUGGACGAAACAAAGAGAGAAGCUGAAAUGGAAGAAGAACGUGUCAAAGAAAAAGCCGCAGCGGAACUGAAAGAUCUGAAAGACAAGAAAGACACUGUCGUUAGUGAAGUUAAAGAAACUGUAGAUAAAGCCGUUGAUAAAGCGAAAGAUGCAAAAGAUAUGACAAUCUCUGCAAUGAAAGACAAAAAAGAUAAAGUUGUCGAGGAAAUUUCCAAAGAUGCGAAGAAGGUUGCCGAUACCACGAAAGCAGCCGGCGAGAAAGUAGAAGUGGAAACGAAGAAAGUCGGUGAAAAGAUAAAAGAAACCGCGGCAGAUGUUGCACAAACUGCCAAAGAUACUAAAGAUGCAGCAGUUAAAGAGAUAAAGGAAGAUACAAAGAUAGUAAAAGAGAAAUUGACAGCAGGCGCAGAUGCAACUGCAGAAGCUGCGGACAGUGCUAAGGAAAAAGUGACGAAAGAAGCGAAGAAAGCUAAAGAUAAAACAGGUGGCUUCUUUUCUGGCAUAUUCAAAGGUACGAAACAUGCCGUAGAAGAUACAACUAGCGAUGUUAAAGAAUUUUUGGAUGAGACAAAAAGAGAAGCAUCAUUAGAAAAAGAACGUGUUAAAGAAGAUGUUGCUGCCGAUCUUAAGGAUUUGAAGGAUAGAAAAGACGCUGUUGUUGCAGAAAUUCAAGAUACCGCAGAUAAGGUUAUCACUGAUGCGAAAGAUGCGAAGGAUAAAGCAAUUUCUGCUGCCAAAGAUAAAAAGGAUAAAAUUGAAGAAGAAGUUUCGAAGGAUGCUCAGAAAGCUGCUGAUACCACGAAAGCAGUCGGUGAAAAAGUAGCAACAGAAACGAAGAAAAUCGGUGAGAAAAUAGGAGAAACUGCAGCAGAUGUUGCACAAGCUGCCAAGGGCACUAAAGAUGCAGCGGUUAAAGAAGUGAAGGAGGAUACGAAAAAAGUAAAGGAAAAAUUAGCAGCAAGCGCUGAUGCGGCUGCAGAAGCUGUGGAUAGUGCAAAGGAUAAAACGUCGAAAGAAGCGAAAAAAGCUAAGGAGAAAACAAGUGGCUUCUUUUCCGGGAUAUUUAAAGGUGCGAAACACGCUGUGGAAGAUGCUGCCGAUGACGUCAAAGAAUAUUUGGACGAGACGAAGAAGGAAGCUGUUUUGGAGGAAGACCGUACUAAAGAGAAGAUUGCCGCGGGAUUGAAAGAUUUAAAAGAUAAGAAGGAUACUGUUACAACCGAAGUUAAAGAAGCUGCUGACCAAGCUAUUACUGAUGUAAAGGAUGCGAAGGAUAAAGCAGUUUCUACUGCUAAAGAUAAAAAGGAUAAAAUUGAAGAGAAAGUUUCUAAAGAUGUACAAAAGGUUGCCGACACUACAAAAGCAGCUAGUGAAAAAGUUGCAACAGAGACGAAGAAGAUUGGUGAGAAAAUAGGAGAGACAGCAUCAGAAGUUACGCAGGAUGUAAAAGAUACUAAAGAUGCAGCGGUCAAAGAAAUGAAAGAGGAUACAAAGUUCGUGAAGGAUAAGUUAGCAGCAGGCGCUGAUGCUGCUGCGGAAGCUGCAGACAGUGCAAAAGAUAAAGCUACGAAAGAGGCGAAAAAAGCGAAAGAAAAGACAAGUGGUUUCUUUUCUGGUAUAUUCAAGGGUGCGAAACACGCCACGGAAGAUAUAUCUGAAGAUGUGAAGGAGCAUGUAAGCGACACGGAAAAGGAAGCAGCUGAAAAAUUGGAGGAGUUAAAACGUAAGAAGGAUGACGCAGUACAUAGCGCUAAGGAUACCGCGGACAAAGCUGUUAAAGAUGUAAAGGAUGUUAAAGAUAAAGCAGUUUCUACCGCGAAAGAUACGAAAGAUAAGCUGAUAGAUACAGCUGUCAAAGAUAUAGAUAAGGCUGAACAUGAUUUGAAAGCAGCUCGUGACGACGUAGUUACAAAGACCAAGGAAAUAGUCGAAAAAGUAGAAACUUCCGUGGCAGAUGCCGGGAGUGAUGUGAAGGAUGUCAAGGAUGCAGUUGUGACGGAAGCAAAAGAAGACGCUAAAGUUAUAAAGGAAAAGUUGGCUGCCAAAGCUGAAUCUAUUUCGGAUUCGGCAGAAGUUACUAAAGACAAGGCAAGUAAAGAGGCGAAGAAAGCUAAGGAAAAGGCUACUAGCUUUUUCUCAGGAAUAUUUAGAGGAUCGAAACAUUCCGCGGACAGCGCAGUGGAUGACGUAAAAGAGUUUCUGGAUGAAACGAGAAAGGAAGCAGCAUUAGAGCAAGCACAGGCCAAGGAAGCGGCGGAAGCAGAACUCAAAGAUCUGAAGCACAAGACAGGCAGUAUGGUUAUCGAUGCGAAAGAUGCAAAAGAUCGUGUCACUGAGGAAAUAAUCGACCAAGUCGAGAAGACUAUUGACGCCACUAAAGCGACAGGCGACAAAGCAAUUGCAGAUACAAAGGGAAUUGUCGAUGAUAUUACGCAAGGUGUUGCAGAUACAAAAGAUAGCGUGGCGAAAGAAGUGAAAGAAGACGUACAAGCUGCGAAAGAGAAAUUAAAAGCAGGCGUUGACUCUGUAGCAGAAAGUGCUGCUUCUACGAAAGACAAGGUAACUAAGGAGUCGAAGAAAGCUAAAGAAAAAGGUAGCGGCUUUCUUUCGGGAAUAUUUAAGAGUGCAAAGCAUGCUGCAGAAGAAGUAUCCGAUGAUGUAAAAGAAUUUGUAGAUGAGACGAAGAAAAAAGCUGCACAGGAACAAGAGCGUGCCAAAGAAAAAGUCUCAGCAGGUGUGAAAGAUUUAAAGGAUACAAAAGAGGCUGUUGUUACUGGCAUUCAAGACGCCACUGACAAAGCCGUCACUGACGCAAAAGCUGUUAAAGAUAAAACUGUUUCUGCAGUAAAAGACAAGAAAGAUGAAAUUGUCGAAGAUGUUUCCAAAGAUGCAAAGAAGGUUGUUGACACCACGAAAGCAGCCGGCGAGAAAGUAGCAGCGGAAACGAAGAAAGUCGGUGAAAAGAUAGAAGAAACAGCGGCAGAUGUUGCACAAACAGCCAAGGAUACUAAAGAUGCAGCAAUUAAAGAGAUAAAAGAAGAUACAAAAUUAGUAAAAGAAAAAUUAGCUGCAGGCGCUGACACUACUGCGGAAGCUAUAGAUACUGCAAAAGAUAAAACGACGAAAGAAGCAAAAAAAGCUAAAGAAAAAACAGGUCGCUUCUUUUCAGGGAUAUUUAAAGGUGCGAAACACUCUGUAGAUGAUGCAUCUAGCGACGUCAAGGAAUUUUUGGACGAAACAAAGAGAGAAGCUUCUGUAGAAAAAGAACGUGCUAAAGAAGAAAUUACUGCAGGACUCAAAGAUUUGAAAGAUAAAAAAGAUGCGGUUGUUUCUGGUGUUCAACAGACCGCAGACAAAGCCGCAGCUGACGUGAAAGAGGCAAAAGAUAAAGCAGUUUCCGCUGUUAAAGAUAAAAAGGAUAAAAUUGUGGAAGAAGUUUCAAAGGACACACAGAAAGUGACCGAUGCGACGAAAGCAACCGGUGAAAAACUAGCAGCAGAAACGAAGAAGAUCGGUGAAAAAGUAGGAGAUACUGCGACGGAUGUUGCGCAAGCUGCCAAAGACACUAAAGAUGCAGCAGUUACGGAAGUAAAGGAAGAUACGAAAUUAGUAAAAGAAAAAUUGGCAGCAGGCGUUGACGCGGUCACAGAGGCUGCGGACAGUGCAAAGGAUAAAGCGACAAAAGAGGCAAAGAAAGCUAAAGAGAAAGGAAGCGGUUUCUUCUCUGGCAUCUUCAAAGGUGCGAAACACGCCGUAGAAGAUGCAGCCGACGAUGUUAAAGAAUAUAUGGAUGAGACUAAAAAGGAAGCUGCUUUGGAAGAAGAACGUGUCAAAGAAAAAGCUGCUGCGGGACUGAAAGAUUUGAAAGACAAGAAAGACACUGUCGUUAGUGAAAUUCAAGAAACUGUAGAUAAAGCCGUUGAUAAAGCGAAAGAUGCAAAAGAUAAAACAGUCUCUGCAGUAAAAGACAAAAAAGAUAAAAUUGUCGAUGAAAUUUCGAAAGAUGCGCAGGCAGUCGCUGAUACCACGAAAGCAGCCGGUGCGAAAGUAGCAGCGGAAACAGAUAAAGUCAGUGAAAAAAUAGGAGAAACCGCGGCGGAUGUUGCACAAGCUGCCAAGGACACCAAAGAUGCAGCGAUUAAAGAAGUGAAGGAGGAUACGAAAAAAGUAAAGGAAAAAUUAUCUGCAAAUGCUGAUGCGGCUGCAGAAGCUGUGGAUAGUGCAAAAGAUAAAGCGUCGAAAGAAGCGAAAAAAGCUAAGGAGAAAACAGGUCGCUUCUUUUCUGGGAUAUUUAAAGGAGGAAAACACGCCGCAGAAGACGCAACUGACGAUGUUAAGAAAUUCUUGGACGAAACAAAAAGAGAAGCUUCAUUAGAAAAGCAACGUGCUACGGAAGAAGUUGCCGCAGGUCUCAAAGAUUUGAAAGAUAAGCAAGACGCUAUUGUUACUGGAGUUCAAGAAGUCGCAGACAAGGCCAUCACCGAUACAAAAGAUGCAAAAGAUAUGACAAUCUCUGCAAUGAAAGACAAGAAAGAUAAAGUUGUCGAGGAAAUUUCCAAAGAUGCGAAGAAGGUUGCCGAUACCACGAAAGCAGCCGGCGAGAAAGUAGCAGUGGAAACGAAGAAAGUCGGUGAAAAGAUAAAAGAAACCGCGGCAGAUGUUGCACAAGCUGCCAAAGAUACUAAAGAUGCAACAAUUAAAGAGAUAAAAGAAGAUACAAAAUUAGUGAAAGAAAAAUUGGCUGCAGAUGCUGACGCUACUGCAGAAGCUGCGGACAGUGCAAAGGAUAAAGUAACGAAAGAAGCGAAGAAAGUUAAAGAUAAAACUGGUGGCUUCUUUUCUGGCAUCUUCAAAGGUGCGAAGCAUGCCGUAGAAGAUGCAGCUGACGAUGUUAAAGAAUUUGUGGAUGAGACUAAGAAGGAAGCUGCUUUAGAAGAAGAACGUGCCAAAGAAAAAGCUGCUGCGGGUCUAAAAGAUCUGAAAGAUAAAAAGGACACUGUUAUUAGUGAAGUUCAAGAAGCUGUAGAUAAAGCGAAAGAUGCAAAAGAUAAAACAGUUUCUGCAGUAAAAGAUAAAAAGGAUAAAGUUGUCGAGGAAGUAUCUAAAGAUGCGCAGAAAGUUGCUGAUACCACGAAAGCAGCCGGCGAGAAAGUAGCAGCAGAAACGAAAAAAGUCGGCGAAAAAAUAGGAGAAACCGCGGCAGAUGUUGCACAAGCUGCCAAAGAUACUAAAGAUGCAGCAGUUAAAGAGAUAAAGGAAGAUACAAAAUUAGUGAAAGAAAAAUUGACUGCAAGUGCUGACACUGCUGCGGACACUAUAGAUUCCGCAAAAGAUAAAACGACGAAAGAAGCAAAGAAAGCUAAAGAAAAAACAGGUCGAUUCUUGUCCGGAAUAUUUAAAGGUGCGAAACACUCUGUAGAUGAUGCAUCUAGCGACGUCAAGGAAUUUUUGGACGAAACGAAGAGAGAAGCUUCUGUAGAAAAAGAACGUGCUAAAGAAGAAAUUGCCGCUGGUCUGAAGGAUUUAAAGGAUAAGAAGGACGCAGUCGUAGCCGGAGUACAACAAGCAGCAGACAAAGCCGCAGCUGACGUGAAAGAGACAAAAGAUAAAACAGUUUCCGCAGCAGAAGACAAAAAGGAUAAAGUUGUCGAGGAGGUAUCAAAAGAUGCGCAAAAAAUUGCCGACACUACGAAAGCAGCCGGUGAGAAGGUAGCAGCAGAAACGAAAAAAGUCGGCGAAAAAAUAGGAGAAACCGCGGCAGAUGUUGCACAAGCAGCUAAGGAUACUAAAGAUGCAACAGUUAAAGAGAUAAAAGAAGAUACAAAAUUAGUUAAAGAAAAAAUGGCAGCAGGCGCUGACGCGGCCGCAGAAGCUACAGAUAGUGCAAAGGAUAAAGUGGCGAAAGAAGCAAAGAAAGCUAAAGAAAAAACAGGUCGCUUCUUUUCCGGAAUAUUUAAAGGUGCGAAACACUCUGUAGAUGAUGCAUCUAGUGACGUCAAGGAAUUUUUGGACGAAACAAAGAGAGAAGCUUCUGUAGAAAAAGAACGUGCUAAAGAAGAUAUUGCCGCUGGCCUGAAAGAUUUAAAGGAUAAGAAGGACGCAGUCGUAACCGGAGUACAACAAGCAGCAGACAAAGCCGCAGCUGACGUGAAAGAGACAAAAGAUAAAACAGUUUCCGCUGUUAAAGAUAAAAAGGAUAAAAUUGUGGAAGAAGUUUCAAAGGACGCACAGAAAGUGACCGAUGCGACGAAAGCAGCCGGUGAGAAACUAGCAGCAGAAACAAAAAAGAUCGGUGAAAAAGUAGGAGAUAUUGCGACGGAUGUUGCGCAAGCUGCCAAAGGCACUAAAGAUUCAGCUGUUAAGGAAGUAAAGGAAGAUACAAAAUUAGUGAAAGAGAAAAUGGCAGCAGACACUGACGCGGUCGCCGAAGCUACAGAUAGUGCAAAAGAUAAGGUAACGAAAGAGACGAAAAAGGCUAAAGAAAAAACUGCUGGUUUCUUUUCCGGGAUCUUCAAAGGUGCAAAACACGCUGUAGAAGACGCAACGGACGAUGUUAAAGAAUUUUUAGAUGAAACAAAACAUGAAGCCGAACUUGAAGAAGCGCGUGCUAAAGAAGCAGCAGUAGCUGGAUUAAAGGAAUUGGAACAUAAGAAGGAUGCUGUUGUCAGUGGUGUAAAAGACACGUCAGAUCGAGCUAUCACUGAAGUAAAAGAUGCCAAGGAUAAGACUGUCGCCGCAGCGAAAGAUACGAAAGACAAAAUAACUGAGAAAGUUUCGGAAGAUAUCCAGAAAGCUGCUGAUACGGGCAAAGCUGCUAAAGACAAAGUAACAUCGGAAGUGAAGAAGGUUGGUGAGAAAUUAGAUUCAACAGCACAGGAUGUUGCGCACGGAGUUUCACAUGCAAAAGAUGCAGCCACUAAAGAAGUUAAAGAUGAUGCAAAAGUGGUGAAAGAAAAAAUGACUGCCGGAGUUGGAGCUAUGACUGAAAGUGCUGAGAGUCUUAAGGAUAAAGCGGUCAAAGGAGCAAAGAAAACAAAGGAGAAAGGAUCUAGUUUUCUGUCGGGUAUAUUUAAAGGUGCCAAGCAUUCCGUUGAAAGCGCAACAGACGACGUCAAAGAAUUUCUAGAUGAAACGAAACACGAAGCAGAACUGGAAGAAGCACGUGCUAAAGAAGCAGCAGCGGCUGGAUUGAAGGAACUAGAACAUAAAAAGGAUGCUUCCGUUACUGGUGUAAAAGAUACAACUGAUCGAGUUGUUGCUGGAGUAAAAGACGCCAAGGAUAAGACUGUUGCCGUAGCGAAAGACGCGAAGGAAAAAGUUACUGAGAAAGUUUCCGAAGAUAUUGAUAAAGCUGCUGAUGCAAUUAAGACUGCUAAGGACAAAGUAACCUCAGAAAUGAAAGAAACUGGUGAAAAACUAGAUUCGACAGCGCGAGUCGUUACCCAAGGAGUUGCAGAUACCAAAGAUGCAGUUGUUAAGGAAAUACAAGAUGAUUCGAAAAAAGUGAAAGAGAAAUUUACCGCGGGAGCCGAAGCCGUGGUCGAUGGUGCUGAUGCCGCUAAGGACAAGGCAACUAAAGAAGCUAAGAAAGCUAAAGAAAAGGGAUCUGGUUUUCUAUCGGGCAUAUUUAAAGGUACAAAACACGCUGUCACUGACGACGUCAAAGAAUUUAUGGAGGAAACAAAGAAGGAAGCUUUGUUAGAACAAGAACAUACGAAAGAGAAAGCAGCCGCGAGUCUCAAAGACUUGAAGGACAAGAAAGAUGCUACGAUCACCGAAGUUCGAGAAGUUAUAGACAAAACUGUCGCUGACGCGAAAGAUGCAAAAGCUAAAACAGUUUCUGCAGUAAAAGAUAAAAAGGAUAAAGUUGUCGAGGAAGUAUCGAAAGAUGCGCAGAAAGUUGCCGAUACCACGAAAGCAGCCGGUGAGAAAAUAGCAGCAGAAACAAAGAAAAUCGGUGAAAAAAUAGGAGAUACCACGGCAGAUGUUGCACAAGCUGCUAAGGAUACUAAAGAUGCAGCGGCUAAAGAAGUGAAAGAUGAUGCAAAAUUAGCAAAAGAAAAGUUGACAGCUGGUAUCGGCGCUGUAGCCGACGGUACCGAGGCAGCUAAAGAUAAAGCGGUCAAAGGAGCAAAGAAAACAAAGGAGAAAGGAUCUGGUUUUCUGUCGGGUAUAUUUAAAGGCGCCAAGCAUUCCGUUGAAAGCGCAACAGACGACGUCAAAGAAUUUCUAGACGAAACGAAACGCGAAGCAGAACUGGAAGAAGCACGUGCUAAAGAAGCAGCAGCGGCUGGAUUGAAGGACCUAGAACAUAAGAAGGAUACUGUCGUUACUGGCGUAAAAGAUACAACUGAUCGAGUUGUUGCUGGAGUAAAAGAUGUCAAGGAUAAGACUGUUGCCGCAGCGAAAGAUACGAAAGAAAAAGUGACUGAGAAAAUCUCCGAAGAUAUUGAUAAAGCUACUGAUGCGGUCAAAGCUGUUAAAGACGAAGUAACCUCAGAAAUGAAAGAAGCUGGUGAAAAAUUAGAUUCGACAGCGCGAGUUGUUACCCAAGGAGUUGCAGAUACCAAAGAUGCAGUUGUUAAGGAAGUACAGGAUGAUACGAAAAAGGUGAAAGAGAAAUUGGCAGCGGGAGCCGAAGCUGUGACCGAUGGUGCUGGAGCAGCUAAAGAUAAGGCAACUAAAGAAGCGAAGAAAGCUAAGGAAAAGGGAUCCGGUUUUCUCUCGGGAAUCGUUAAAGGCGCGAAACACGCUGUCGGGAGCGCAAAGGACGAUGUCAAGGAAUUUCUGGACGAGACGAAGCAGGAAGCGAAAUUGGAAGAAACUCGUGCUAAAGAAACUGCUGCGACUGGUUUGAAGAAAUUGGAACACAAGAAAGAUGCUGUUGUCGAUAGUGCAAAGGACGUUACAAAAGAAUUGGCAGCUGACGUCAAAGACGCUAAAGAUAAAAUUUCCGAGACGGUGGCCCAAACAGCAGACACCACGAAGACUGCAGUUCAUGAGCUAGCGGCUGAAACGAAGAAAGUCGGUGAGAAACUAGAAUCCAAGACCACGGAUAUCGCACAUGGUAUAAAGGGUGCCAGAGAAAGUCUCGAUAAAAAAAUAAAAGAAGAUAAAAAGGCGGUGAAGGAGAAAUUAUUAACGAGAGCCGAUACUGUCGCUGUCGGCGUCAAAGCGGCCAAAGACGAGCUUGCGAAAGACGCCAAAAAGGCGAAGGACCAGGGAUCGGAUAUCCUGUCUGGAGUUAUUCAAGAUACAAAGCAAACAGGAAAGAAAGUUACCGACGAUGUGAAAGACUUUUUGGAAGCAACCAGACAGGAGGCAGCUACUGAUGAAGCGCUUGCUAGAGAGGCCGCGGCGGCGAGGUUGAAGGAACUCGGACAGACGAAGGAUAAAGCCGCCGGUGAAAUUAAAACUGCUACAGACAAAGCUGCGAAGGGUGCGAAAGACGCUAAGGAGAAGAGUCUUUCCGGUAUAAAAGGUGCGAAGGACAAAACGGUUUCCUCUGUGAAAGCGGUGGGAAGUAAGAUAGGACGUGGUGUGUCGCAAGCCGGUGAGAAAGUUAAGUCCACUGGUCAAGAUGUAACGCAGAGGACUAAACGCACGAAAGACGCCGUUGUAAGCGAAACGAAGGAAGACGCACGAGUGGUCAGAGGGAAGCUGGCAACUGGCGCGGGUGCAGUCGCCAGUACAGCGGAGACUGCUGCGGAUAAAACCACGAAAGAAGCUAAAAAGGUCAAGCAAAAAGCAGGCGGUUUUCUAUCAGGCGUGGUGAAGAGCGCCAAGCACGCGGUAGAAGACGCGACGGAUGACAUGAAAGAGUUCCUGGAGGAGACCAAGCAGGAGGCAACCGCGGAGGAAGCUCGCGCUAAGAGCAAUCUCGCUCAAGCGAAAGAUAAAUCCGCCAAGUCGACCACUGACGCGAAGAACAAAUCUGUCGGCGCCGUCAAAGCCACAAGGAAAAGCAUCACCCCCCCGAAGGUGUCAAAAUCACCAGCGGACGCGAAAACCACGGACAAAGCUUCGCCCGUCAUUAAAAGAACGGGCAAAGUAACAGAAACGGAAACGAAAAGAGUCGGUGGUAGAGUAGGAUCGAGACGCUCAAGCGAGAGUACUCAGGAGGUUGUUCGUAGGUCGGAGGUAGCUGGUAGGCCGGAGACGUCCGGUGGCGUCGAGCAUUUAACCGAAACAGUUAGCGUUAAGAAAGUAUCUCGCAUUCCACAAAAGAUUAGCCCGGGUAAGGAAGCGGCCGCGGACGAUUCGGACAAUUCGCGUAGAGUAGUAGAGAGUACAGUACCCACGGUAGGGCACCCCGAGCCUCGCACACGGCACUCCGUCACCACAGUCGUGACAAAGUCUGUGCGAACGACUCCACCGCCACCCAGUUCACUCGCCGAGUUCACUGACAGUAGAACCGAAGACGUGACCAAAGAGGCUGCGCGACGGGCACAGAACCUGGCGGAUCAGGCGUACACCUCGACGAAAGCAGGGCAUGAUUCGGCUGAGAUUGAUGGGACUGUAGAGAGGCAUGCUACUUCUGCUCCAUCAAAACAACCUGUUCCCGCCCCGCGUCACUCCACCACCAAGCCGUCUACCAAACCCGAGUUCCAUCUGGAGCUCAGUGAUGCCUCACGAACACGUAAAACGGUCGAGCAGCCGCCCAAGCCGACGCAGGAGGCGCAGUCGCCGAGCAAGAGUCCAAAGAGCAAGAUACCCGUUAAAGUCGACCCUAACGCGCCUAAAUUGGGUGACGAACCUGAAUCCGUCCCGUUAGAGUCUUCGGAAGACCGUAUCGUCGGUCCACAAGCAGUUUCGAGAACCGUCAAAUUCGUUACCAGAGAAUACACGGAUGGGGAGUUGAUCAAAGAUACUAUCAAAGCGGAUGACCCGACCGAAACUACCAUAAGCAGCAGAACGGAGAUAGCUCCCUCGAUAGAACAAAUACGACGAACAACGACUACGAUGGUGACCAGCGACCCAUCGAUCGAUCCUACGCAACUGGAGGAGUUCUUGAAGACGGGCGGUAUCGUAGAGACGGUGAGGACCGUGAUUCUGACGUCGGAUGAUGAUGCUUUGCAACCUGUAACGCGCGAAGAGGUUGUCAAGACAAUAAAUCAGGUCGCUGGCACGCUACCGGGCGAGAUCUUCGAUUUCGGCGACAAAUUUCCGGACUCUUCCACCACUACGCUAAAGACUGACAAAUCAGAGUCCGACGGGGUCGUGCAGACGGUCACGACUGUGCGACGCGUGACGACGGAGAUGCCGGAGAUCGAGAGAACCGAGAGGGUAGUGAGAACGGUGAUCUCUAGCAGCGGCGGCGGCGGUGGCUUCGGGGACGCGGAGUCCGCUCUGAGAAGUCUCCAGGAGCAAUUAACAAGAUCCGAGAUCGGUGAGACCGCCUCGUGGACAGCGGCGAACGAACAGUGGGAGGCGCAGUAUUCCCAAGACACGUCGCCCGGUUCCGGGAACGGCGGCGGCGUUGACACGUUUGCCAGCAACAACAACAACAACAACAAUAACAACAACAAGAACGAUGGUAGUUCGAGGCACGAUAUGCACAGCGACACCGAUAGUGACGGUUCGCCGCAACCUAGAAGAAGAUCCCCGAGCAAGAGGCGUACGUUGGGCAGUUCCAGCGGGUCGGAUGUAGCACUGCACGAAGGUGCGGAGCUGUCCCCGUUGGAGGACGACCAAGAAUCUGACUUUUUGCAACAUAGCGAGCCAUCCUUCAUGGAAACGACAACGAUCGAGGUGGAUCCUGUCACACAGGAAAGCGUAACGACCACGCGAACGGAAGCGAGGACGAUAUCGUCUGUGGGGGCCGGUGGCACGGACGACUUGCGGGAAUCGAUGCAGAAGCUCAUGGACACGUUCAUGACGGAGGAGAAGAAGGAUCAUUAGAAGUGACGCGUGCGUUUCCACCCUUCGAUGAGAAGAGAAGAAAUCACCGUCGGGUUCUCGGCAUCGAUUCCCUCGUCGAUCCUCGAAUCCUUCACCGAGGGAGGCAUCUCGAUGGACCUCGGACUCGACUCGGCGCAUCCUCGAGCGUCGAGCGACGAGUUUACGAUUCUCGAUAAGACUGGAGAUGCGUGAUAACGCACCCCCCCCCCUCGGGAUGCUGUCUCUCUUAAGCCACGCAAAAGCAUGCACGAUGAUUUACUAUCACGCUCAUGGCCUACGCUUCGAAUUUGCUUGCCUUUCCGUUCCGCUCGGUUGCCUUACCUCUUUACGUUCGUCGGAAUCUCGCGAUCGAUAUGAUGAUAAUGAUGAUAAUGACAAAAUGUAUCUGCGUAUGUCGUUGCUAGUCCGACUAGCCGAUCCGCGCUAGUCUUCACUAUGCCAACCCGUCCAUGUAUGUGCAACGCCUUUCUCGCGUUGUCUGAAGAUAUAAUGCGAAAUGGAAGGGAAGGAAAGUAUCAGGCGGAGACGAUGGGGGGAAGCAGAGACGCGAAAAAGGCGAGAACGCGACAAGAUAAGAUCGAGCGAGCGAUCUGCCGAUAUCGGCGAUCGCCUAGAUUAGUAAGGUUCUCGUGAGAAUAGCUCGUUUAAGCUUCAGGAUGAUUAUACAUCUCAAUCCGCGCAAUAUAUCGCUUGAUAGAUCGGCAAUACAUAUGAAUAUAUAUAUUCUUUAUUAACACUUUCGGCGAUGGACAAUUGACGAAGUUUCCGAAAAAUGGGAAUAAGAGAAUUUCUUGUUGUUACUCGACUCAAGUCGCGAGUUUAAGCACAAUAAAAAAAAAAAAAAAA